CUCUGAAUUCCCAGGAACUCCCCCACUGUCGUGAAGCAACAAAGAAGUCAAGUUACUCGAGCCACCCUUUGUGCUUCUGGAUCUGUUGGCACACAGUAACAGUGAAAAAGGAACUAGGGUUCUUGAUCCCGAAAUCUUUCUCUGGGGGAGGUGGAAGAAAGGGUAUAGAUUUCGAGGCGCCCAACCGUUGCUUCUGUAUCCGCCACCACGUUCGUAUCAAAAGAUCAGAUAUUUAUGCACAUCAUUUCAAUAUAAUCAAAAGGAACUGAAGGUCAACCAAAUCAAAACCCUACAAAGCAGCGAAGCAGCAAGAUUCAAGAUAAAGUUUGCUCUUCGAUUCACGCGAGAUAUUAGAGAGCAACGUCGACGACAUUCACAAUUAAGCCAAGUUCUUGGGGCAAACAUGAGCGCAAGCAACAUCCUGGUUCGAUCGAGGAUAAACCCUAAUUCCCGUUGGAGGAAUGGAAACGGGAUGGGAAAGGGUUCCGAUAAGACGAAGGUUACUUUUCCAGUGACGCAGAGAAAGUUUACAUGCGGUUGGUGAAUCCACCGUCCAUGGGAUCCACGUGGAAGCAACCUGAGCCUCUUAGUCUAACCGUUAAGAUGGGGUUAAAGGGGGUCAGAUCAUCUCCGUCAGAAUCCAGUAGCUGCUUUCCUCCCAUCAUCACCACCGCGCCGUCGCCGCCACCUAUUACCUUCACGCACUGGAAUGGCAGUAGCUUCGGCUUCUGUCGCUUCUUCUACGGCUGCUGCCAUUCUCUACUGCGUCUCUCCUUCCCCGGUUUAUUCUGGGACCAACAGAAGCCCUUUGGAGAAGCGGCCCUCUUCUCUUUCGUGGUCAUCGUCGAUCCCACUCGUGCCGAUCUCCUCUCAGCAGCUCCGCAAGCCAUCCAGUUCAAUCACACCCAGUCGGCAGGUUGGUGUGGUUCAAGCAGCUUGGACUCGUAGAUCAAGAGAUGAAGCUGCGAAGAGACCCAAUAAAAAGUCAUGGAAGCAAAAAACAGAUAUGUAUAUGCGGCCUUUCUUGCUAAAUGUUUUCUUCUCUAAGAGAUUCAUUCAUGCAAAAGUGAUGCACAGGGGAACAAGUAAAGUUAUCUCUGUUGCAAGCACGAAUGCAAAGGAUCUCAGGAAUACUUUGCCAUCCCUGACCGACAAUGAUGCUUGUCGGACCAUUGGACAACUGAUUGCUGAAAGAUCGAAGGAUGCAGACGUAUUUGCAAUAUCUUAUGAACCCAAGAAAAAUGAGAGAAUUGAAGGCAAGCUUGCGAUUGUACUCGACACCAUAAAGGAGAAUGGAAUCAUUUUUGUUUGAACGACUUUUAACUACCACAAUUCUGUCCAAGUGUGGAAGCAUAUGGACUUACUGUAUGUUAAUAUAUCUUGUGUAUCAGGCACCACCUUUCCUUGUUUAGUGGAAUUUUUAUGAAUAUGAUCAGCAACCUGUUAAUAUAA